CAGUGCGGUUAGUUCGACAAUCACUUCUGUCCGUCAACUUAAUAAUUCUCUAGGUUUUUAUCAUCUAGACAGAAAAAGAAAUCAAGAUGGGAUCGUCGGAGCCUCUGAUUGUGGAAGCGAUCUACAUGUACGAGAGGGAGAACGCUGAGCUGCAUCACACAGAUCGAUUCGAAUUGGUUCACGAGGAGAAUCCAACGCCAGUUCUCCGUAGAGGCCAGGAGUUCAGUCUCGCUGUGAGAUUCAAUCGAGAGUAUGUGGAAGAGACAGACAUUGUGCGACUGCUCUUCAGCUUUGGCCCCAAUGCGAGUGUUUUCAAGGGGACGAGGGGGAUCAAUGAGGUGAAACCUAGGGAGUCUGCCCUCUUGGACUUGGAGGCCUGGGGGGUGAGGAUGGUGGGGAACACUGACACUGAUCUUAUGGUGGAGGCUAGGAGCCCUGUGGACAGCCCUGUUGGUGUCUGGCAGCUGAAUGUGGAGACCACUACUCUUGGGAGUAGACAACCUCCUAAUACCUUUCACUAUGAAAAGGAUAUUUAUUUGCUCUUCAAUCCUUGGAUUAAAGAGGAUAUGGUUUAUAUGGAACCAGAAACACGUCUGGACGAGUAUAUUCUGAACGACAUUGGAAAGAUCUGGAUAGGGCCCCACGGCAGUGCACGUGGACGUGAAUGGAUAUUCGGUCAAUUCGACAAGGCAAUUCUUCCCGCUUGCAUGCUGAUGUUCGAGAAGUCGAAUAUCAAGACAGAACAGCGCGGAGAUCCCAUCAAGGUUUCACGUACUAUUUCGAAAAUGGCAAAUGCCUUCAACGUCGUAGACGGGAAAUACGUGUACGACGGUAUUCUCGAGGGUAACUGGUCACCCCCGUACGACGAUGGCAUCUCUCCCUCAGCCUGGACCGGUAGCAUUCCCAUUCUGGAACAGUACCUGGAAACCGGUGGGGAGCGAGUGAAAUACGGCCAGUGCUGGGUGUUCGCAGGGGUCGUCACGACGAUCUGUCGCGCCCUGGGGCUGCCCUCCCGAGUCGUCACAAACGUCGUUUCAGCGCACGACGCCAACGGUUCCCUCUCCCUAGACGUCUACUUCGACACCGAUAUGAACCGCUUGGACAUGGAUCCGGAGACGGGAGGACCCGCUGACUCCAUCUGGAACUACCACGUGUGGAACGACGUCUGGAUGUCUCGACCCGACCUCCCCAGGGGCUACGGAGGAUGGCAGGCUAUCGAUGGAACCCCUCAAGAACAGUCCGAAGGAUUGUAUCGGUGUGGACCAGCUUCUGUCGAGGCUAUCAGACAGGGUGUCACUGGGUGCAACUAUGACAUUCCUUUUCUGAUUGCCAGUGUCAAUGCUGAUCAGAUCAGGUGGCUUCAAGAUCCCAAUUCCAUCAUUGGGUGGAGAAAAAUCGAUACAAACACUCAACAUAUUGGACGCAUGAUAUUGACGAAGAAACCAUGGAUCUUCGAUCCCAACGGAGACAGAGACAGGGAAGACAUCACACAUGAGUAUAAAGCGCCUGAAGGAACUCGAGCUGAACGCCUGACCUUAUACAGAGCAGUUCGGAGUAUUCCAUCAGCGAAGAGGGCUUACGCUGGAGGUGAGCAAGUAGUAGAAGACGUUGAAUUCAAACUCGUCGAUCUUGAUCGUGUCAACAUCGGGGAUCCUUUCACCAUCCGCAUUGACAUUGAGAAUAAAUCCGAGGAGAGGAGGACAGUCAAAGUUGUUUUGUCAGCUGGAAGUGUUUAUUACAAUGGAGUCAAGGCCCAUCAGAUUAAGAGGGCUGAGGGGGAAUUCGAACUUGAAGCAGCAGAGAGGAGAUCAUUGCAGCUCAGGUGCACGGUGGAGGAGUAUUUAGACAAAUUAGUGGAGUACGCGAAUAUGAAGUUGUAUGCCAUCGCCGUUGUUCAGGAGACUAAUCAGACGUGGGCGGAUGAGGACGACUUCCAGGUUAUCAAACCAACAAUUAAAGUUGAGAUUGAGGGAGAUCCUGUAGUUGGACAGCCAUCCACAAUCACCCUGAGCUUCACAAACCCGUUGAACCUCUAUCUGACCGAAUGUGUGUUCAACUACGCUGGACCAGGUCUAUCCAAAAACAAAACAAUUAAAUUCAGGGACGUCGGCCCACUCGAGGACGUUAGGGUUGAACAUCAAUUGGUGCCGCAGAAGGCAGGACAACAGAAAAUCAUUGCGACAUUCACAUCGAGACAGCUUGUGGACGUCACCGGAGCGGUAGCUGUAGACGUCGACGAAGCAUAAUUGAGAAAUGAAAGAAAAUUUUAAAAAUCUGAGAGUCUCAAAUUGUUACAAGAUUUUUCCACAGUACUUAUUUUGAUAGCUCGUAGAUUGUUUCAUACCAGUGAUAUUAAACUUUCAUGGCAAAUGUUGUUUUCCAUGAAUGCUAUAAAUAAAUCUAAAAAAUUAUUCAAGAAACUA